AUGACCGAGAGCAACGCAAAGGCAGAGGCACUCGUGCCGAGAUUCAAAUUCGAGCGGUUGCUCAACCAAGACCAAGCGGGCCGCCGCACCUCCCUCGUCGGCGCCAUCGACGACCAGCCCGCGCUGCUGAUCCUCGAGCGCGCGCCCUUCCCCAGCUCACCCGACUACCUCGGCUCCGUCCCAACCACCCUGCGCAGCAUAACGAACCUCGGGGCCAACGACAUCUACCACUGGUACCUGGCCCACAGCGGCGCCGACACCACCACCCAAGACCACCACCACCCCAGCAGCGACUUCGCCGAUCUCAAAAUCAACCUCAUCUGGCCGUGCACCGAGAAGCACAUCAAAAAAUACAGCAAGCAGGGGGUGCGGUUCGUGACCGAGACGGCGGCCAUCUACCGCGAGCAUGUGCGGCCGUUCAUGCAGGCGCAGCGGGAGGCGGGGCGGCUGAACUGGGCGUUCAACAUCAUCGAGGGGACCAAGGAGGCCGAGGACGUCAUCUACCGGACCCCCUACGGGCAGGACCCGGAGGAAGGGUUCCUGCUGCUGCCGGACCUCAACUGGGACCGCAAGACGCUCGACGCGCUGCACCUGCUGGGGCUGGUGGAGCGGCGGGACCUGUGGAGCCUGCGCGACCUGCGCAAGAAGCACAUCCCCUGGCUGCGGCACAUGCGGGCCAAGUUCCUGGACGCCGCCACGGGGGUGUACCCGAGCAUCGAGCGGGAUCAGCUCAAGCUGUAUGUGCACUACCAGCCGACGUAUUAUCACUUGCACAUCCACAUCGUGCACGUGGCGCUCGAGGCGGGCGCCACGCAGGCGACGGGCAAGGCGGUCGGGCUCGAGAGCAUCAUGGCGCAGCUCGAGACCAUGCAGGGGGACGACGAGGUGGGCAUGGACGCCGUUACGCUAUGCUACACCCUGGGCGAGGCCAGUGACUUGUGGGCCGACGUGUUUGAACCGCUUAAGCGGAGUACAGCUUCCUAA